UAGUCCAGUGCUCUGCACACAGUUAAGCGCCCACUCAAUACGAUUGAAUGAAUACGCCGAAGGGCCGGCCGGGACCGCCACCUCUGACCUCUGACCCCAGAAGGAGCCAGGCAGGACAUCACUCAGCCCGAGAUCAAGACCCUCGCCUCCGACGUUGUCAGGAGAGCUGAGCCCUGCCGCCCCGCAGCCUCCCCGCCGAACACCGGGACGAUGGCGGGGAAGCCGGAGAAGAGAGUCGCCUCAUCCAUCUUCAUCACCCUGGCGUCGCCCCGCAGGGACAAGGCCGUGGUGGAAGAGGUGAGGCAGGGGGGCGGCGCGGCCCAGGUCAGCCGCCCCCGGGACCCUGCCUCGGCCAAGAAGGCACCGGGCGGGGGGAAACCGAGCAACCGGAGCGCAGGCAGCCCUCCGUCCCAUCCGUCGCCUGCCCAGCUGUCCAACGGAGGUUCCUCCUUCCCAGCUCCCAUUCCGGACAAGGAGGAUGCCUUCCCAGACCUUGAACUUCUCCUGCCACCUCCUCCACCUUACCUGCUCCUCGCGGGGGAGGAGGAGGAGGAGAAGACCCUCGGCUCUGACCUGCAGCAGCUGCACCUAGUCACCCCACUACCCCCGCCGCAGGCUCCAGCCAAGGAUCCCCAAGGCCGGGCCCCGCCGAACCCCACUGGCCACCCCGAGAGGGACGAAUCCCCAGAUAUCUGUGCCUUCUGCCAUAAAGUCAUAACCCCCCAUGAGCUGGGGGUGGAGGCCAUGAAGAGACAGUACCACGCCCAGUGUUUCACCUGCCGCACAUGCCACUGCCAGCUGGCGGGCCAACGCUUCUACCAGAGAGAUGGCCGUCCCCUCUGUGAGCCCUGCUACCAGGACACCCUGGAAAAAUGUGCCCAGUGCCACCAGGUGAUUCUGGAACACAUCACCCGGGCCGUGGGCCUUGCCUUCCACCCCGACUGCUUCACCUGCAUGGUUUGUGCUCGGCCCAUCGGGGAUGAAAACUUCGCCCUGGACGACGAGAACCAGCCCUACUGCUUGGACGACUUCUACCGGAAAUUCGCCCCUGUGUGCAGCAGCUGUGAAAAUCCCAUCAUCCCCCGGGACGGGAAAGACACCUUCAAAAUUGAGUGCAUGGGACGAAAUUUCCAUGAAAACUGCUACAGGUGUGAGGACUGUAGGAUCCCCCUGUCCAUUGAGCCAACGGAUAAAGGUUGCUACCCGCUGAACGAUCGUCUCUUCUGCAAACCUUGCCACGUGAAGCAGAGCGCCGCGGGGUGCUGCUAGGGCGCCCCGGGGGACCCCGGCCCCAGCAUGCGGAUGCAGCAGUCCCCCACCCCUGCAGCCCCUCGCCCUCCAUCCCACCCUCCUCCCACCCAUGGAAAAGUGACUUUCUGUCCCCCUUCUGGGGUGGAUUCCUGAGCCAAUCCACUGCAGCCUAGAUUCCUCUUCCCUCCCUUUUAGUAAAACUCCCAAAUGGGGCUCCGAUCCCCCUAUCUCCCAUCGAGCUCUAAGACCCUCUGAGUCCACCCCAGAAGAGUCCGUUCGGCUGCAGAACUCUGAAAGCCCCGGGUUUUUUUCCCUGAGGUCACUGCCGUGGAAUUUAUUUGGUACUUGUGGUGUUUUGGGAAUCACAGCGCUGCUCCGGGAGGGGGAGGUGAGGCCACAUGCCUGUUUGUCUCCACAAAGCCGAGCCUCCGGCCCAGAGGGAGCCGGAAAUCUUCACCCACAGCUUCGCACGCGCCCGAGAUCCCCGGCUUCUCCCCGAGGCUGUCGGAUGGCCGAUGUCAGCGGUGGAUUCCCAGGCCCGCUGCCGGCGUGGGGCCCGGUGAACUUGAAGCUGGGCGGUGAGAAAGGACACCCAGCUGAAGGAUGGCCCUCAUCCCCCGGCCAGUUGCUGGAAUUCUGUUCCCAAGUGGGAGAAGCCACAUGAGGCCAGCGUGAGGGGAGGAGCUGCAGUCCUGUCCUGGAAAGAGCGGCUUCGUGUUCCCAUCAAGCACUCGGGAUAAGUGAUCUUUGAGCUACAGCCUGAAAGUCGACGCGACCCCAGGCCGGGGCCUGGGAAAUGGCCGUUGCGGUCCAGACAUCCAGUCCCCUGAGCUCACACUGGAAGCCAGUCCUGGAGCUGGGAAGUGCUCGUGACCUCUCCUUUGCAGGUUCGCGGGUCAGCAAAGGGAGCCCCUGAUUCUUUCACCCCAUCUGGGUUCCUGAAACUUCCCUGUGCCUUUUCCAGGAGCCCCGAAAAAGCCACAAGGAUCGGUGAGGCCCCGAUCCUUCUCUUUCCCCCUGGCUCAAACUCCCAAGCCCCGCUGCCGACAAGCCGCUUUCCCGAACAAAGAUGGGGGCCCCGGUGGGGCAGGGGGACAGGAGGACUCACCGGCACUGACACUUUAAAUCAAGCACCAGAUAGGGGGGCCCAUCUGGGAAGCCAGAGCAAUGCUAGAAGCUUGGAUCUGGGGGAACUCAAAAUUCUCUGGCAGGAGAACUUUAGGAAUCGGGACGUUUCUGGGCUUUUCCCAUGGAAUGAGACUUUUCUCAGCUGGUUCCUUUUCACGCAGCUUUGGAACUUGGCAAGAACAGUUCCCAACCUCGGCCUGGUCCCCGCGGCUCCUUCCCCACCCUGCCAGGGCUGACUCCAGAAGAACACUUCUCUUUUCCGCCACGGAUCUGUAGGUCCCAAGCCCCAGGGCUGUUACCUGGGAGCUCCGAGGGUAUUUUUAGAUGUAUAUUCCCUGCUAGGGUAGCCUCGGGGUAACACACUUACUUCUUCGAAAACAGUAAAUAUCACCAAGACCCCCACGACUCUACUUGUCCUUAGCCCCAACUCCGUGCCUCGGGAUUUCCCUGGGGAGAGAGAGCCUUUCAGUCAGUCAGUCAUAUUUAUUGAGCGAUUAAUAUGCGCAGAGCAAUAUAACAAUAAGCAGACAAGCGCUUCUUAGCCCACGGAGGUGGGCUGGGCGUUCCAGCCAGAAAUGUGGCUUCGAUGUUCCCCCCGGCCCUGGCUGAACUGCUGUUCCCUCUAGGCUGUAAGCUCCCUGUAGGCAGGGAAUGUGUCUGUUAUUUGUUCUGCUGUACUCUCCCAAGCACUUAGCACAGUGUUCAGCACACAAUAAGCGCUCAGUAAAUACGGUUGACUGACUGCUGUUGCUCACAUCCCCUUGAGGCUCCAAGAAAUAGUGGUGGGCCGCCCCAGUUAGCCAAGACUGCCAGCGGGAAGCUAUUUCUGUCCUCUCCUGCCCCAUUCCCAAGGGGUGAAGUGUCCUUUCAUUCAUUCAGUCAUUUACUGAGCGCAGA